AUGUCGUGUCCAGAUUGCUUCAGUGGUCACGUACACCAAGGCACCCCUCGAGGUGAAGUAUCAACCUUAUACGGGUUGGAAACGUACAUAAGCCAACCUACAGAUACACCUCAUCGAGGAAUCAUCAUCAUAAUACCAGAUGCUUUUGGAUGGGAGUUUGUGAACAACCGCAUCCUAGCCGAUGACUAUGCUGAAAAGGGAAGAUACCUCGUUUAUCUCCCGGACUUCAUGAAGGGCAUCCCCAGAUACUACUUGGCUUCGGUCAUGGCCCAGAUCAUUCCCUUCAAAUACCACAAUUCUUUCGAGUCCUCCUGGCCCAUUGUGAGGGACUUCUUCGCGUCCGUGCGUGAAAAGGAAGGCUCUGAUCUUCCCCUAUACGCAGCCGGGUUUUGCUGGGGAGGAAAGCACGUUGUCAAUCUGGGCUUUGGGGAUGAUGUCGCUUCCAACGGCAAAUCUCUCAUCAAUGCUGGUUUCACCGGACAUCCCAGUUUCCUCCAAAUUCCAAACGAAAUCGAGAAAAUCAACAUCCCUGUCAGUUUUGCGUUGGGUGAUAAGGAUAUGGUUGUCAAACCUCCGCAGAUCAAGCAGAUCCAGGAGGUCUUUGAGAAGGAGGGAAAAUCUGAGAUGGGCGAGGUGAGGGUUUAUGAAGGGGCUGGUCAUGGGUUUUGCGUGCGGGCCGAUCUCGUUUUGAGUGAUGCAACUAAGCAGGCCGAUGAAGCGGAGAGUCAAGCACUAGCCUGGUUUGAAAGACAUCCGUUGGCCUGA